AUGGCAGCCGGCGCGGCGCGGCUCCGCCGCCCCGGUACGGCGCCCGCUCCCUGUCCGGGCUCCCCGCCCCAGCUCCGCCGCCCCGGUCCCAGCGUCAGCAACCGCCGCGCAGCGCCACGGGAAACCGAGUCCCGGCCGCCGCUCGCCUACAGCUCCCGGCAGCCCCGGCGCCCCCACUGGAACUACAGCUCCCGACACGCCGCGCGGCGCGCUCCUCGCGCCUCCCGUGGGCUCUCUCCGCGGGGGCGGACGGGAGUUCGAGUCCGAGGGACAGUGCGCCGCCUGGUGGCCACACACCCAAUGGGGCUGCGGCCACGUUGUUUCCAAACACGGCGGCUCCCGCGGAUUGAGCACUCUGCGCCCCCUAGCGGCAGCGGGGGGGGAGUGCGGUGUGGGGCAGACGGCGUUCCACUGCGAGUGAGCGGAACCGACAGCGCUGCCGGCCGGAGGGACUUCAGUGGCCGUGGGACAGCAGGAGUUUUGCCCCCUCGCUGCAGCGCACCUUGCAGAUCUGUUCCGAGUGGGCCCCACCACUGCGGGGGGGCACAGCUGACCUAUUCCGGAGCCCUCUGGGCAGCAGCUGCAAGGAGGCGGCCGCAGAUCACGGCAUCCAAGGCUGUGCUGGAGCGCUGGGAGCACCCUCCUCAGGGCGGCACUCUUCAGCUACACAGACUACCGCAGGAACAGCCGCAGCCCUCGUUCCCUGCGCGGCCGGCUACCCUGCUCCCCGGGGCUGGGCUGCCCACAGCGCCCCCUCCCUCCGCCCGGGGCCCGUCGCCGCCCCGCUCCGCUCCGCCCCGCUCCACCCAGCAGCGUCCGCGCCCGCGUCACUCCCAUGGCGCCCCGCGCCGGCGGCCAUUCAAACCGCGCCGGGCUGCCGUUGGCGGGCAGAAGAUGGCGGCUCCCGGCGCUGCGGCGGCUCCCGGGCGCGCUCGGGCGACUUCCCCUGCGUCCCCGCUCCUCGUAGCUGAGGUAGCGCCGGCCUUGGAUUGUGGUGGCGAGAUGAGGCCUCGACGAAGCGGGCCCGUGGCGCCCUCGGUGUCCGUGGUGUUCCCGGGCGCGGUGAGUCGGGAGAGCUGCUGCCGGUUCGCCUGCGAGCUCCUCAAGCACGUCCUGCACCAGCGGCACCAGCUCCCGCUGCCCUACGAGCAGCUCGCCUACUUCUGUCGGCGUGCGGCGCAGGAUGGAGAUGUGAUGAAGAAGCCACCCUCUGUGAACCGGGCAAGCAAAAAGUGCCAGCAGGGGCUGAUGGAGCUGGAGGGAAUGCUCCAGCACUUGGAAGUAAUGUUCAGAUUGACAGUGGUUCCUCGGGUUCUUAUUCUGCUCGGAGGCAAUGUCAUGAGCCCUAAGGAGCUCUAUGAGCUCAACUUGGAGGGUAUAUGUGAGGGCAGUGCUGAGGAGAGCCUAAAAACUGCAUCCUGUGUUCGCAAGCUCUUUCACUCGCUCUUUGUUGCUGAUGUCUUCAGUGAACUUAAGACUCUCCCUGUCAUGGGCACUGUUGUUAUGGUCCAAGGACACCGUGAUUGUGGUGUUGAUUGGUUCCGGCCCAAACUCAACUAUAAAGUGCCAACCCGAGGGAGGAAACUAACUGUGAACUUGUCCUGUGAUGGAGAUGUCAACAUAAGUGGUACACUCCCUCAGCAUAUGACUCCUGCUUGGGAAAACUAUGUCUGGUUUCAAGCACCAGUGACACUCAAAGGCAUUCAUGAAUGAUGUGUGUUCUGUAGAACUUUAAUGGAAUACUGAAGAACUUUUGGUGCUGCUUUAAGUGAUAAUAACUUUAUCAAGUGUAACUGCAUUUGCUUGCCUGCCUGGAUCUGCUCUCCAGGGAUCUGCUGCCUUCUUACAUCUUUGGCUCUGUUCCUAUCUUCUGAAUUGUUCUUGAAAGUAAAUAGCCUUUAAGAUACAGCUGCGCACAGAUAGUAAUUCUUUAGUUGUGUCACAGGACAUGAAUUAGUGUGUUGGGAGUAAAACUUUUCUGCCACAUACUUAGAACUGGGAAAUACUGGAUAUAGUCUUCUCAUUUCUCUAGUAAUAAUUACUGCAUUGGCAGAUUGGAACUCUAGCACACACGAAGGCUAUAACCAUUCUUACCUACCCCAUUCCUGUGACAGGAGAUAUUUUGCUGCAGUCUGACUAGGCUUGAGUACUUGAGUGUUUGCCCAUCCAUUAGAUACAAUUAUAUUUCUCCAUAACUCAAUUUCAGUUGCUUGAUAAUCUGAAAAGAGGGACUUCUCAGCAAUUGGGAGGUCUCCUACCUAUCAGAGCCUUGUACUGGUGGUAAAAAGGCUGAGCAGUCCUAUGGAGAAAGUGUGUUUAGUCCAGCAGCCCUGACAAUCAGAUAUACAUGUAUAAAGUAGCUUCUGCUCUAGCUGGGACUCCUGCCUCAAUAUGCUACAGUUUUAAGUGAGAAUGAAACUUGUUCCUUAUUUAAAAUCUUCAGUCUUAGGGUCUUAGAUUCUAAGUAUUUCUGAAAUGAAGAGUUGUGGGGAGUACGAUCAAGUUCAGCACUAUUUUUAGGUGUCAAGUUCAUGCUGUAAGUCAGAAUGUAUUGUCUAGAAGCAGAACUCCAGCCCUUAUGGCCUGGUCUCCAGUGCAGAAUGGGACAAGAAAGGAAGGAAACAGAGUGUAGCGUCUUAGAACUAAAUAUCUACUGAAGUUGUCUUCAGUCAGCUGUGUAUGUACUGUAAUGUAACGAGCUUAACAGCUCUAAAGACCUUAUUCAAUCUGAAGAGAAACUUCAUCAUACUGGUAGUGAGGUUGCUUCCAGUUUCUUGCUAGCAAAAAUUGCAUGAUGGGAUGGGUGGUAAAAAAAUCCUUUGAAAGAAGGCUAAAGGUUGAGGUAACCCUCUACAACUAGUGCUUAUUUUAGCUUUUAGCUUUUGGAAUGGAAUGAGGUUAUGGAACUAGGGAAAAAUGAUACUUCCGAACUUGCAGAACACAAGGAACACUCUCUGCCCUGUCAGUUAGCAACUGUUUCCAAUAUAGAGUAACUGCUAAAGCUAGCUCUAGGCAAAACUGCUAAAAUGAAGAAAGCUGCCUGAUGUGCAGCUGCUCACUUGAAUAUGUAGUUGCAGGUCUUUGGAAUGAAAUAUAAUUUGAAUGUAGGAGGGCAUGUGCUCAGGAGAUAAACUCUUUACACUUCCACCAAAGGUGCUUGUAAUACAUAUGUAAGAAUGCUAACACUCAAGCAUUUAAAACCCCUUUUGAACAGGAGCCUUAGUUCUGAUCAAGGGGUGGGUUCCCUUCUCUUCCCCAGAUGAGUGCAAUGUUACCGCGUUAAACUGUUUACGUACUGUUAUACUUGAACUAUGAAUACAGCAAUUACAUGGUGCUGGGAGAGAAAAGACAAGAUGUUCCUUUUUUCAUCUUUUAUGAAAAGAUUUAGAGCUUGAUUAACAAGUUUUGUACUAUAAUCAUCCAAAUAAAAUGCUGUCUUAUGCAUGUGA